CAAGCGUAUGCCCUCUACGAUUUCGUACCCGAAAACGAUAACGAAAUUCAACUCAAAACUGGCCAAUUUAUUUACAUCGUUUACAGACAUGGCCAAGGUUGGCUAGUAGCUCAGGACCCAACCACUGGAAAAACGGGUUUAGUACCUGAACAAUAUGUUCAGCUAAUA